CUGAGGAUCCAGGCCAUCAACUAGGCACCCAGCCUGGCCAACAACCUUAGGCCAACAUGUGACGUGCGUGAUUAUCAGGACCCCCGGUUCGUGGCGCUUUGUAGUAGCUUCCCAACAAGAUCUGGCUUGAAGAUUUGUGAUCCUUCUCUGGAGCGAUACAGACUUCCUGAUGAUACUACCACCGCCUCCAUGAUCGCCAAGGGAUCUCGGAAGAGAGUGAAAGCCAGCCCCUCUGGCGUGGACUCACCGUCCCCCGCGUCCCCGAACAAUGCUGGCCGAGACCGCUCAGACUCCCAGACACAAACCCGUUCGAGCUGGUAUCCCGGAUCAUGGUCGGCUAUCUCGCGUACGUCCAAGGCAGCUCCAGUUACCGAGGUUGCCCGUGAGAGCAUAUCCGUCGCGCAAAACGUAGCUUCAAUGGUCGUGAAUUCAUCGACCUCUCUUCUCGACGCACCCCGACAAAACCGCCAUCCAUCGAUUCAGCUGACCAAGAAAGCCAGCGGAUCGACCAGAUCGCUCCCUGCGGACGUAACUACCACUCGACUUAAUAUUGCAUCAGAUGGUACAGCUUCUACAACAGCUUUGGAUACCCUUGAGACGCCCACAGCUUCAGAACCAACAGCAGAUAAAGACAUACUGGAAACGAGUGCUUUGAAACCUCUGGAGAAAUCAGCGGAAGAGCAACAACCGAACGUUGAGAACGUUGGAAUCGAGCCGAAUACUCUACAAGGGACCCAAGCGCCCGUCGAGCAGCCCAGUGGAUGGUUUUCAUGGAUAUAUAAGUCUGGACCCGCAGAAAAGGACAAUACAACCGGCCCAGGAUUUGCAGGAGAGGCAGAGAGAUCUACUGAGAACGGACCUCCCAGGCAGGCUGAGCCCCAUUCAAUCGCCGCCGAUACCAGCGGAGAACAAGCACAACAAGAUCCCGCGCAGCAGGAGACAGUAGCUCAGGGUGGAGAGACAAUUGAAACGACUUCAACGGCUCAAAAAAGGUCGUGGUUACAGGCCUGGUACGGGUCGGGUCCAUCAAAUAAGCAAGAGGAACAGUUCGCAACAGAGCCAACCCAGCUUCCACAAGGAGAUACUUUUACAUCAAAGGAUCAAGACUCGAACAUGGCACCAAAGGAUCAUUCAGAAGAAUCGGAGGACGUACCGCCUACUUCACAAACAACUAUCUCUGGAACGACGAAGUCCUCGGGAUGGUCCUUCUGGUCCAAAGAUCCUUCCAAGGAUGCUACGCCUGGCAAACCUCAAGAGGUUGAAGCAGUGGAAGCGACAGUGACGACGGAUACACCAACACAGCAAACGUCACUAGAACCAACCGCCGAAACUAAUAUCCAUAUUACCAAGAAGGGAAGCCUGAAAGUUAAACCAUCCAAAGAUACCCGCGGGAGCCUGUCCGCCGUUGUCGAGGCUCCUCCGACUCCUACGCCACCAGUGGAGCCAAAACCAACUGAUGCUGCAUCCAAACAAUUACAGAAAAUUCUACCGAACCAAGUACUGCCCAAAUUCGAAGACACCUUUGCAAUGGAAGAGUCACCGUCGUUAUUGCAGAGUCUCGGCAGGUUACUGCAUUACACCAAAGGCCCAGAGCAUAAUCAUGUGGCCCGAAUUAAAGAACCACCCCGCAUCAAGCGAGCCUUGGCCAUCGGUGUCCAUGGGUACUUUCCUGCUCCGUUGAUACGGAGUGUGCUUGGACAGCCCACUGGUACCUCUAUCCGAUUCUCGAACAUGGCGGCCGAGGCCAUUCGGAAGUACACCAAAAAUCAUGGCUAUACCUGUGAUAUAGGAAAGAUCGCGCUGGAAGGCGAAGGUCGCAUUGCAGAGAGAGUCGACUUGUUGUGGAAGCUACUUCUAAACUGGAUGGAAGAAAUUCGCAAGGCAGACUUCAUCCUGGUGGCGUGUCACAGUCAAGGCGUACCGGUCUCUAUAAUGCUGGUUGCGAAGCUGAUUUCCUUUGGUUGUGUUAAUGCUUCCCGUGUGGGAGUCUGUGCCAUGGCCGGGGUGAACAUGGGUCCGUUUUCUUCUUAUCGUUCCCGGUGGAUCAGCGGAUCUGCUGGAGAGCUGUUCGAUUUCGAAUUACCUUUCAGUAAGGUCUCCAAGGAAUACGAGACUGCGCUGAAGCGCGCUCUUGAUUUCGGCGUUCGCAUUUCUUAUAUUGGGAGUAUCGACGAUCAGCUCGUCUCCUUAGAGUCAUCUUUAUUCUCUACAGUAGUUCAUCCAUACAUCUACCGCUCCGUGUUUGUAGAUGGGAGGGUGCACGCUCCAAGCUUCCUCUCCCAUCUUGUUGGCUUUGCUCUUAAAUUACGCAACCUCGGCAUUCCAGAUCAUGGCCUGAUCCGUGAACUCAGCAGCCCAUUAGCCGGCAGUCUGUACACAGGCGAAGGACAUUCCCGCCUGUACGACGAUGAGGCCGUUUACUACAUGGCUAUCCAAUUCGCUCUAGAAACAUCUUCCGUCCCGGAUGCUAAGUUGAGCAUCAAAAGAUCCAGUCCUGCCAUUUCCCCGAACCCAUAUAUCCUGCCCUUCGCCAUGCGCGGUCUCCUCGAGGAGGAAUACGUCAAGCGCGAACUGAACGAAGAAACUAUGGAACUACUUCGCCAGUUCGAUGACUGGAAGCCAACAAGUAAGGUCUUGAAGGAUGUCAAGUUCCGGCUCGAGGGUAUCCGGUCGAAGCUUUAGCAUGGCGUACAUAGAAAUUCUUUGCUACCUUUCUGGAUGGAAUCAUGGAUAUAGCGACUUUUUAUUUCGGUCCGGCGUUUUCCCAAAUUUAGCGGCAUCUUAGAGGAGAUAUACAAUUCCCUCUGCUUUAUUCCCCUACAGUCAAUCUUAUGUUUUUUUGGCUUCUGUGCAGGUAGCUAAUUUGGAAAUUUGACAAUUUGUAUAUUGUGUGAUUAUUAUGAUUGUCUCAAGCUAGGGGUAUGUAUCAUAAAAGUGAAUCAUGGAACAAGAGAAGUCACGUGUACAGCAGAAAUCUUUCUCAAAAGUCAUGCGUAGGGUAAUGUGGUGUGAGAGAGAGGAGAGAAGUUCUUCGCAAGAAAAAUACAACAAUUCAGAGAAAGCGGAAUUCGUUAAACGGAUGCAGAAGGGAACGCCGUUUGAUAUGCACCUUGAAUCUCGUCUGUGAGAUGACUAGUUAGUAUAAUAGUGAUAUUAAAAGGUCAAGACAAGAACAGGAUUUGAUAUACUGACCUCGCAUCCCAUCCAACGCCUCAAAAGCAAACGAAUAAUUUGACACGGCCAGGAUAAUUCGCUCCAAUCCUCGCCUUAGCUCUUCUACGAGUUGUUCUGUUGAAUCACUCACGAGCUCACUCUCCACGUCCGGCGAGAGUUGCUUCGCCACGCGGGCCUUGUAGAAUAUCAUGAACAUUGCAUAACUGCUUUGCAUGAGACAGCACGCGAAAGAAGGCAUCGUUCGAGGCAGGGGCUGCCCUGAUCGAUGCUGUUGCUGCUGCCCGCCCUCGGAUAGGGGUUGGGGAUAGGGCAGUGUCUCAAACAUGCGGGAGAUAGUGAGUGCAGAUCGUAGACAGAUCUUUGCUGAUUGUUGGGGGUUGUAUGGAAAUCCGGAUGCGAAGGGGUAUUGGGGGAUGUAGGGGUGGAUGUCAGAUGACGUUGAGGAGUCGGAGGGCGUCAUGUAUUCAGUUGACGGGGCGCGUUGGAAGUGGUCGAGAUUGCUGCAUGGGCAGGAGACGUUAUUCAAGCCUGAUGCCUGGACAGCGGGCUUCGUGGGUAGGUCUAUUGAGGCGUUACCUGGGUUUGCAGCUGUCAAGUCGCAGUGUCGUUUGAUGAAAAUGGGUAUGUCGGAGAAGGCUCGGAAUCUAUGGGUUUUGAUUUGUGC